UAGAUAAGACCCCCUGCGCAUGGUUGAAGCCGCCAAAUUAAAUUGACGUUUUCUACUUGCUAUCCAAGUUAAGGAGAAGCUCCAGAUUACUCCAAGUGGCAGCAAUCUAGGGACACUUUGAGGCUAUAGAAAAGACCCCCUGCGCAUGGUUGAAGAAAGCCUUUCCCUCGCUUAAGCCAAGCUUCUUCACAAUGGAUUACAAGAGAGAAAGCUCAAGAAACAACAUAGUGCUAUUCCCUUUCAUGGCACGAGGCCACAUAAUUCCCUUCAUAGAACUGGCCAAUCAACUCCAACAAACACACAAUUGCACCAUAACCUUUGUCACAACCAAACUCAACAUCCCCAAAUUCUCAUCAUAUCUCCCUCCAAACAAUAACAACAAUAUUCGCCUUCUCACAAUCCCCUUUUGCGGAUCCAGCUAUGGCGUCCCUCCCGGCAUAGAGAACACCGACAUCCUUCCCUCCCAUCUCCUCUCCAACUUCAUGGAAGCCUCUUUCUCUCUCCAACCCCCCUUCAGAGACCUCAUCUCCGACCUCUCGCCCCGACCGCUCUGCAUCAUCGCCGACAUGUGCUUCGGAUGGUCCCACGAGAUCGCCCGCGAGUUCGACGUCUUCCAUGCCAUCUUCUGCACCGGCGGCGCCUUUGGCUACGCAUGCGUUCACUCCCUCUGGCUGAACCUGCCUCACCUCAAGAACGUUACGAACGAGACCAUCAUGGUCCCGGACUUUCCAGAAGCUUCGAGAAUCCACGUCAGCGAGAUGUCAGACGAUUUACGGGAUGCAGUUGAAGGUGAUAAUAAGUUCUCAGUGGCUGUACAGAAAAUGGUGUCCCAAUGGAAAAAUGCUGGCGCCAUGCUGUUCAACACUGUGGAAGAGCUUGAAGCCAACACUGGGUUACUCUAUUUCAGGCGGAAAUUGGGCCGGCCGGUUUGGCCCAUUGGGCCUUUCAUUUUGCCGGCUGUUGCGAGGAAAGAGGGCGGAAAUACGUCAGAGAUGUGCACCAAAUGGCUCGACUCAAAACCUGCAAGAUCAGUACUUUUUGUGUCGUUUGGGUCACAGAGCACCAUAUCACCAUCACAAAUGAUGGAUUUAGCCAUGGUUCUUGAGUCUAGUGGCAAGAAUUUCAUAUGGGUUGUUAGGCCGCCGAUUGGGUUUGACAUAAAUGGGGAGUUCAGAGCCGAGGAGUGGCUGCCUAAGGGAUUUGAGGACAGAAUUAGAGAGUCAGAAAGAGGGUUGAUUGUGCAUAAAUGGGCACCACAGGUUGACAUUUUGAGUCAUGAAGCUGUGUCUGCUUUUUUGAGUCACUGUGGUUGGAGUUCAAUUAUUGAAGCGCUUACUCAUAGCGUGCCAAUAAUUGGAUGGCCGCUGGGGGGAGAUCAGUUUUUUAAUGCCAAGUUUUUGGAAGAAGUGUUAGGAGUGUGUGUGGUGUUUGCGAGAGGAAGGAGCUCUAUAGUUGGACAUGAAGAAAUGGUCAAAAAGAUUGAGUUGGUGAUGAAUGUUGGAUCAGAGAAGGGAAGUGAAAUCAGAAGGAAGGUCUGUGAGGUCGGAAACAUCAUGAGGAAUGCUAUGAAAGAUGAGAAUGGUUUCAAGGGAUCUUCUGUCAAAGCCAUGUACGAUUUCUUGGAUGCUGCUUUUGCUGAAGAGAGACAGACCAGUAAUUGAAUAAACAAAUUUUUUUUUGGGUGGUUUCAUGUUUUUCUUUGUUGGCCGAAGACAAUAAUUAGUAGUUGAUCCACGUUCAAACGCUAUGGUGGAUUGCAGCUAAUAGAAAUUGCAACUAUAAAUAAACAUGUUAUUGAUGAGAGUUCUGAAGAAAAGUGCCAGAAAUGAGAUCUAGAGUUAAUCAGUAGGAUUCAUUGCUAUAUAUGAUGUUAAUUUUGUAAAUUGCUGACAAUAUAUUUUUUUUUUUCUC